AGUUCAUAAUUUCAUCGAUACAAUGGGACUUUGCGGUUCAAAGAAUCCGUCAAAGAAGGCGCUCAGAUCUAAAGCAGGGCUGACGUCCAGCGGUUCGACUUUACAAAAAGAGGUUGCUGAAGGUGGUUUCGGGCGAGCUAAUUUCAUCCUGGAUAAUAACGGUUCGUUGUUGGAGUAUUAUGAUGUUGAUAGUAAGAAGAUCGGGCAAGGCACGUACGGCUCUGUAACAAAAGCUGUUAAUAAGUCGACACAUGCGGUAGAAGUCUAUGGUUUUGACUAGAAGUGAGUAAGUUGAUGAUGUUCAGGUCCGUGCGGUAAAGACAAUAUCAAAAUCCCAUGUGAAGAACAUAGAUCGAUUUAAACAAGAGAUAGCUAUUAUGAAGAUGUUGGAUCAUCCUAAUAUUAUUAAACUAUUCGAGACAUUUGAGGAUCAUCGGAAUAUAUAUCUCAUUAUGGAACUAUGCACAGGAGGUGAACUCUUUGAUAGGAUCAUUGACGAGGGUCGCUUCACAGAAGUCCAGGCGGCUAUUGUAAUGCAGCAGAUUUUCCGAGCAGUAUAUUAUAUGCACGAAAACCAUAUAGUGCAUCGCGAUUUGAAACCAGAGAAUUUCCUAUUCCUCAACAAGGACCCUAUCGAGAAGUCGUGGAUUAAACUUAUAGAUUUCGGUCUGAGCACGCACUUUAAUGAUAAUGAACUUAUGAAAACUAAAGCGGGUACACCCUACUAUGUGGCGCCUCAAGUUCUCGCCGGCCAAUACGAUCAGGAAUGUGAUCUAUGGAGUUGCGGCGUUAUAAUGUAUAUUUUAUUAUGUGGUUAUCCUCCUUUUUACGGCGAGACUGACGCUGACGUCCUCACUAAAGUGCGGCUUGGCAACUACACUUUUAACGCUAGUGAUUGGAAGAAUAUUUCAGCGGAUGCCAAGGACCUCAUACGGAAGUUGUUGAAAAUGAAUCCGCAAGAGCGUUAUACUGCCGAGCAAGCUUUAAAUCACCCAUGGGUGAAGAAUCACGCCCCAGGCGCAGAAGACGCCCCCUUGGAAGGUGUUCAGAUGAAUAACUUGAAGUCCUUUCGGAGUUUAAAUAAACUCAAAAAGGCAGCAUUGAAUAUCAUAGCUCAGCAAAUGCCCGAUGAGGAGAUUGUUCAGCUCAAGAAGGUGUUCACUUCUAUGGAUACUAACGGCGAUGGUCAACUUACCAUACAGGAAGUCGUCGAGGGCAUACAGAAAUCUGGUCUCAAGGAUAUUCCAGAUGAUCUUAUGGACAUUAUGACUCAAGUGGAUUCUGAUGGUUCGGGCGUGAUCGACUAUACGGAGUUCCUGGCAGCUACACUAGAUAAGAAGAAGUAUAUACAAGAAGAUCGUCUUUGGGGAGCCUUCAGAGUGUUUGACCGCGACGGUGAUGGGAAGAUUACGCCGCUCGAGUUGGCCGAGGUUCUGAAUAACGGUGAAGUCAGCGACCUUGUUAGUGGCCAUAUCGAGGAAAUCCUCAAGCAAGCAGAUGCUAAUGGCGAUGGCGAAAUCGACUUUGAUGAAUUCGUUGCGAUGAUGGCAAAACAAUAAACUCACAUGCGGUGUGUUUCUACUUUGUUUCAUCAUUCGUACCGUUUUUCAUUCAAAUUCUUUAACCACAGUUUCAGCCAUCAGUGAUGCUCUCUCCAUUGGUUUCAUAAGGACAAGGCAUCUGGUCGCACUGUUUAGUACGGUUUUUGUACUUUAUCACUAAAGCCGCCUGCACUAUGGGUGUAGUGUGUAUCAGUAGACGACAACUUCUGUCUCAGUGUCAUCGGAUUUACCAGUCUUCGAAACGACUUCCGUUUAUGCCUACUUACAUUUAUUCAUGACGUUCAUUAGUAUCUCGCUGUUAUUACUGUAUGUAAGAUUGUAGGAUGUUCUACUAUGACCGUUAAGAAGGUAACCACCAUCACCAUUGUUGUUGUUGGUGAUGUGGGAUUAUACUACUUUCGACUUUACAUUUCCGUGUUCACUAAGGUUCGUCAAUAGUGCAAUGUUCAACUUCAUAUUAAGUUGAUU